AUGACAAACACUUAUUUAAAAUAGCUUUAAUAGGUAUUUAAUCGCAUAAUUAGGCAAUUCAAAUGUUGGAAAACAAUUUCCAGGUUUACUAAGAGAUAAUUCAAUUUUGAUAAUUAACCAACAAUUGGCGUUGAAUUUGCACCUAGAUCAUUAACAGAAAAUGGAAAAUUAUUCAAGCAUAAAUUUGGGACAUUGGUGGGUAAGAGAGAUAUAAAUCAACAAAUAGUGCAUAUUAUAAAGGAGCAGUUGGAGCUAUGCUAAUUUAUGAUAAACAAAAUAAAAGACAUUUGA